AUGUUCAAUGCGUCUGUUCCUCUCAACGUCUCUGUUCUCGAAGCCCUCAUCGUCCCAGUUCCGAUGAAAACACUUGCAGAGGCCGAUAUCCCUCUCAACUCUUGCCUCGACCCAGGUACACUCCUCCUUCUCCUCAUGAAAUCGGGCGCACUCGCGGCCGACCUCAAGGUCGACGCAUUCACGAUCGCCCAAACGGCCAUUGCAAAUGGGUACAUUCCCUUUGCUGGAGGAUUCUUGUAUAUGGGCAAGGAUUCUCCGUUUUGUACGGCCGUUUCGUCGCCCGCUACGACGACGCGCUCUUUCUCAGAGUCCCCCAUGGUCCGCACGCGCCCCUUGGAGGCAUCUACCUCGGGCAAUACUAGUUUCUGA